AAAAAAUUCGAGAGCGUCUACUCGCAUAAAGCUUCAAACUGUACUUGCCAGCGGAUUUUUUUGCGUCGCUUGACAGGCCAUUAGGUUUAGCGGACAAUCAAGCACAAUCGUUUGCUUGCAACGGCAAAUUGGAUUUUAAAACAAAUUGCGUGGCCGGUGGUAGUUGUGGAACUGGCUCGAAUACCAAUCCAACAUCAACCUCUGGCCAAAAUAUUAACUGCAACAAUUCGUUGAGCCCAUUAACCGACGGCACAUCACAGCAGCAGCAGCAACAGCAACAGUUUAACAUUUUUCCGGCCAUUUUUAGUCGUCAAUUGAAUUUCAGCGCAGCAAGUGCAUCGCAAACAAAACUCAUGGAUGAGCUACGGCCAAAUUUGGUGGGUGGCCUAUUAGGGCUGCAACAGGGUCUACUCGAAGACCAUGCACUGGCACACGGUAAUUUACAGCAUAGUGGACAUCAAGAUUCGAAAUUUAUGUCAUCAUUACAAGAUAAUCGUCUAAUGGGCAUCACAUCGCAUGAAAAUCGCCUUUUAGGAUUAUCGCACGAUCUUCGGUCGGCCGCUUCAAUUAAUAAUUUAGACAAUAGUAAAAAUUCGGUUGGCACGCAUCAGAGCCGAAAGUGCAACAGCACUCCGGAAGAUUUCAGUGCUUUAUACGGUGGCCUAUCGGCAUCGGGUCUGGGCGAUGCAUCAUCACAUCAUCAUACACCGGCCCAUACACCACCGUCACGACACGAUCACUCCAUCACAGCUGAAGGUGCAUUCAAGAAAUUAAAACCUGAGCCCAAUUCCGGUUUGUCAUCGUUGUCUGGCGGUGUUUCGUCGCCAGGAAGUGGAAUCUCAUCGUUACCUCAACAUGCUGGACACACGCCGACCACAGCAUCUUGUCCAACGCCAGCCAGACGAAGACAUCGUACUACAUUCACUCAGGAGCAAUUGGCUGAACUGGAAUCCGCUUUUGCCAAAUCGCAUUAUCCAGAUAUCUACUGCAGGGAAGAGCUGGCCCGAACCACCAAACUGAACGAGGCUCGAAUACAAGUUUGGUUUCAAAAUCGCCGUGCCAAAUAUCGAAAGCAGGAAAAGCAAUUGCAGAAAGCGUUGGCACCGUCCGUCAUACCGUCAUGCAAUGGAAUGAUGCGAAACAUACAAGGAUACAGCGUUUCGAGAGGCUAUCAGCCAUAUCCACACCCGAACUCAAUUAAUCGAUAUCCACAAGACCUAUUUCAAAUGGGUGCAACAUCGUAUCCGGGCAUGACACAGCCAUUUUCAAUGGGUCACACGUCAAAUAUGAGUUCGGUCGGUGUUCGACAAGACUCCAUGGGAAUGUCAGCCGAAGACGAGUGGUACAACAAGAGUUUGUCGGCAUUGCGAAUGAACUCAUCGCAUCAUCCAAAUUUAUCUGCGCCGAUGCUUCAAUACCAAACAUAAUUAAUAGCGAAUGAUGAUAGUAAAAGUAUCGACGAAAACGAUACUUUGCUAUACUAACAUCGAGAUACUCAACACCGGCAUUAAAACACCGAAUAUGCAACAUUUGACCAGAAACAUCCAUCCGAUUAGAUUCAUUCAUCUAAAGUGGAAACGAAGAAAACAGAGAUAGACAGAGACAGAGAUAAGUAAAAGACGGCGAAUCUUUGAUUCUGCAACUGAAGUAAAUUAUUGAUAAAAAGGAAAAAAAAUGGUCAAAAGAACGACGAAAUUGAAUUUAGCAAUUUUAUCACCAAACAACCAUUUAACCCAUAAAUAAGAUUUUCGAGUUAAUUUUGAAUUUUAAACGGAAUAUCACCAGAAAGAAAGAGAAAUAAAUAAAAGAGAGAUCGUUGUGUCACAGUAUUUACAAAACCAUUCCAAAUGAUUUGUUAGUUUUAGUGUAAAUAUUACUUAAGAGA